GGCGGCGGGAACGUGCGCGCGGUGACGUGCCGGGCGCCAUGUUGGAGGGCUGGUGGUAGCGGCUCGGGAGGUGCUCGCCCGCUCGGUCUCGCUCUCUCGCUCGCUUCCCCCGGCUCCCUUCGGUGCCCCCCUCCCCCGUCGCCUACGUGCCGGAGUGUGUGCGAGGGAGGGGGAGGGCGUCGGGGGGGUGGGGGGAGGCGGUCCGGUCCCCGGGCGAGCGGCGGACGAGGCGAGGCUGCGGGCGGCUCCGGGAAGCCAUGGACGUCGAGAGGCUGCUGGAGGCGCUGAAAGAUUUCGAGAAGAGGGGCAAGAAGGAAGUGUGCCCAGUGCUGGACCAGUUUCUCUGUCACGUCGCCAAGACCGGAGAGACGAUGAUUCAGUGGUCCCAAUUUAAAGGUUAUUUUAUUUUCAAACUGGAGAAAGUGAUGGAUGAUUUCAGAACUUCAGCUCCUGAACCAAGAGGUCCUCCCAAUCCUAAUGUCGAAUAUAUUCCUUUUGAUGAAAUGAAGGAAAGAAUACUGAAAAUUGUCACUGGAUUUAAUGGUAUUCCUUUCACUAUUCAGCGACUAUGUGAAUUGCUAACAGAUCCAAGGAGAAACUAUACAGGAACAGACAAAUUUCUCAGAGGAGUAGAAAAGAAUGUGAUGGUUGUUAGCUGUGUUUAUCCUUCUUCAGAGAAAAACAGUUCCAAUAGUUUAAAUCGAAUGAAUGGUGUUAUGUUUCCUGGAAAUUCACCAAAUUAUACUGACAGGUCUAACAUAAAUGGUCCUGGAACACCCAGACCACUUAAUCGACCAAAAGUUUCUUUGUCAGUCCCUAUGACUACAAAUGGCUUGCCUGAGAGCACAGACAGCAAAGAGCCAAAUUUACAGCAAAAUGAAGACAAAAGUCGCAGUGACUCUCCGACAUCUGACUCAGAAGGUUCUUCAGUGAGUCCUAUAAAAAAUAAACAUCCAGAUGAAGAUGCUGUGGAAUCCGAGGGACAUGAGGUAAAAAGACUCAAGUUUGACAAAGAAAGUGAAGUCAGAGAGACAGCCAGUCAAACAUCUUCCAGUGAAGUAUCUUCAGUUAUGAUAGAAGAAACAGAAGCAGCAUCUUCAUCGCGGGACAAAAACAAAGAAAGUAGUUGUACCAGGCAGCACUGUACAGAGGAGGAUGAGGAAGAGGAUGAAGAUGAAGAAGAAGAGUCUUUUAUGACAUCAAGAGAAAUGAUCCCAGAAAGAAAAAAUCAAGAAAAAGAUUCUGAUGAUGCCUUAACUGUGAAUGAAGAGACUUCUGAGGAAACUAAUCAAAUGGAGGAAUCUGAUCUGACUCAACCUGAGAAAGAUUUACAUUCUGAAGUUAGUGAAAAUACAGGCCCUGUAAGUAGUGAUUCUGAUUACCAUGAAUCAGAAGAAUUAGUAGAAUCCAAUUCCAGUAAAACUGGAAAGAUUCUCUCAGAAUCAUCUAUGGAAAAUGAUGACGAAGCCACAGAAGCCACAGAUGAACCAAUGGAACAAGACUAACUAUUUAGAAACAUUUAGAUGCAGUAUUUUACAUACAGUUCUGGUUUUACACUGUAUAAAACUUUUAUGUAAUAAAGUGGACCUUUAGUUUUACAAGAGAAGCAGGUUGUAAAAUAAAGUACUUUAUGGGAUAAAUCCUGAGAGUUGUAUGUGAGAACUGUGAAUAUCAGCUCCUCUGGGUCCUGCUUACCGCUGACUUUUUUGGGGUCUGGUCAAAUCAGUGGUUUGUGUAUAGAUUUUUUUUUUAAUUUAGAAUUAAAGGUUUUAAACUGGAAGGUAAUAAUUAUAAUUUUGAAAACCUUUUGGAGAUUAUCACAUUUAGUUUACUACAUACGCAAAAAAGCUUUUUGUCUUCUCUCUUUGGGACAUCUGUAGCAGUUUUUGUAUUUUGGUCAUACUUUCAACAUUUUAACGUGAAUUAUAGGGUUUCAUGCUGGUUUCCAGAUUUUGUUUGGCUAUGUACAAUGGAACGUUAAGUCAUAUAUACAUAUAUAUAUAUGUGUGUGUAUAUAUAUAUAUUAUUCUAAGGGGGGAAAUGUUAUAUUUUUCUGUUUCUAUAAGAGAUGAAUACAGUGGAUACUUUUUCUAUUGGUAAUGAUUGAGUUCACCUCUUUCAGAAGACAGUUUCUUUCUCUUCUGAGAAUUCAAAUAAAAUCUGGCCCUUGUGAAACCCUGGAAAUGUUAAGUCUGUUGAAAUACUAGGUUAAACACAUUCCAAGAGAUCUGUUCAACUAAAAUUCUUUUGUAUACUUCUGAGGUGCCUGAGAAAAAGACUUCAUUAUUUAUGAGAAAAUGUGCUUUAUCUUGGAAAUUGUGUUCAAACAUUAGCGUACUAUUUUGUAGAAUGAAUGCUUGUAAAGUUGAUAGGAGUCCAUCUCAGAAGAACCAGGGAGGUUCCUUUUACCUUUUGCUUGCUUUUCUGAACAUUGUGAAUAUUACACAUUUCUUCCUAAAUUAUUCUAGAGUGUGCAAAUGUCAAUGGUAUGAAACACCACUGUACUGGAAGAAUUAAUAUAUUACUUAGCAAUGUGUACCAGAGCUAAAUGACUAAAGCUUUAGCGGUGCAUAAAAACCACCAUGAUUUGUAUGACAUUUUGAAGUGAAUUAAAUAUUUUUGAACAUGCUUCUUUGACAGCCAGUGUUAUAUUUUUCAGAUCAACACAAAGCACAAUGAUUACUCUAAACUCGAUAUUUUCAAAUUCACAUAUUUAAAGUCAUACAAGCUGCAACUUCCCUGUCAAAAUUACUGGCUGCCAAAUUUAUACCUGUUUCUUCAGCUGUACCUUUUGAUAUUUAGAAUUUUUAAAUUUCUGUAGAUUUUGUAGAAUGUAAUGUGUUCACUGCCUUUGUGAAGCGGUAUAUAAUUGUAUAAUUUCUGUGUGUAAACGAAUGCUUGGGCUUUCAAUACAGUAUUCCUAUAAAGCAAUAAAUAUUAAUGUUAUGAAAUAUUCGAGUACAUUUUUAUCAAAAUAUAAAAGAACCCCUUUUUUUAGUUUCAGAUACCUGAAGUCCACAGAUGAACUUAAACUGCAAACAGUUUCUGACACUGUAUCAUAAGAUUUGGGGGUGAUUGGGGCAGCAACCACAAACUUUGCAUUUUGACUACUUAAUUGCUGACUACAAUUACCAAAAUGAUUUGGCUCCAGUUAUGUUUCUAGAGUAUUAUACUACUGACUGACUUAACUGUCAGGUUCACAACAUCUAGAGAAUAUAUUUAUGUUAUAUCUAUUAAUUUAAUUAAAAACUAAAUCUGUUUUAUUUUACCCAUGUGAAGGGGAAAUAAUCAAAAAUUGUAAAUUUAAAAAAUUUUUGCAAAAAUGUUAAAAUUAAGCAGAUUUUAAAUGUGACAUUUGUAGUGACAUUUUGUUGAGGGGUAUUUUGCCAAUGAACAGAUUUUAAACACUUAAGUUUAGACAUUUUAAAAUUUUCUUUAGAAUAUUUAUGAAAUUAUUAUCAAUAAACCUAUUCUUUAAGAGCCUGUGACCUUUUGAUAUUCUUAUUUUAAUAGUGCCAUGGACCAUUUGUUAAGAGAUUUAACUGUUGGUUAUAAAUUGAAGAUUUAGCAUCAUGAUUUUAAGUGUGGUCUGUGGUUUAAUUUGUAUACUUGCAGUUGCGAUUUUUGCAAGGGCAAAUAUAUUUCUUUAUUAAAUAAAGUACAAUAAUGGUGAAUAUACCAAUAUGCCAUAACUGAACUCUAUGAGAUCUACAUUUUAAUCUAUAGUUUGAUAGUUUUAAUAUUUAUUAGCUAUUCAUGUUAGUCAUGGAUCAGGCUUGUUGGCUAUUGGAACAGAAACUGUAGAAUGUUCAUGGAAUAUUUAAUUUAAGGUAGAGGAAUACUUUUUUUUUUUUUGCCACACCCAGCAGUGCUCAGGGCUUAUUCCUGGCUCUGUGCUCAGGGAUCACUUCCUGGCAGGCUUGGGGACCAUGUGGGCUGCUGGGGAUUGAAACUUGUCAUCUGCAUGCAAUCACUGUACUGACUCCCUAGAUGGGAUACUUUAAACUGGGAAACCUUAAUCAAUUAGCUGGUUUUAGAUACUGAUGCCCGUUGGAUAUAAGUUUUCACAAGCAUGAGUAUGCAUAGGUGCACUUAGACUUUGCUGAAUGAAACUGUCAGUUGUAGGAGCUGAUUGAGAUGUGAAUUUUAAAAAGAAAUUGUAGAUGUAUUUUCUGAACAUCGGGAGAGUAAUGUUAGACCUAAAUAAAUAACAAGACCUCAGUUGAUAAAUUAUUGGGGGCAGUGUUUUAUUUUGGCCUUAGCAAAUUACCAGUUAAACUCUGUAGACUCUGAGCCCAACAUGAAAGCUUGAAGUGCUUCUGAGGAAAUUUUAAAUAUACGUGUUUUUAGGCCCCUCUUAAAAACUGAAAAUCUUUGUACGUUAAAAAAAGUUUACAUUCUUAAAAGGUGGAAUGGAAAUUAGUGGAGAAUGCCAUAUUUUAAAUACCGAUUAUUUAAUUUUUUUAGUGUUCCAUUGUUAAGUUUUUGUUUUAAAUACAUCAUAUUAAUGGAAUCACCCUGUCAUGGGGCUUGGGAAGCUUUGGAAGUAUUAAGAACCUUUGGUUUCGAAAGACUUCCUAGCCAGAUACUGUAUGGGCCAGGCGAUAAGGCCUGUUGAAGCAGGAUCGCUUAGGAUUUUGUUUUCCUGGUGUAGAUAGGCAUGCAUUUAUGCGUUUCUGCAUUUGUAAAAUUUGCAGUUUUUCAAAUAAUGUAAAUGUUAUAUGCUAGCUUAUUUACAAAGGUACUGGGCAGGUUUUAAAGCUGCUACAAUGUUUGAUCAUGAGAUGUAAUUUGUAAAAAUGAAAAUGCAACUUGUAGAACCAAAGGAUUUCAAAGUUUUGGCUAGUUUCAAAUUGUCUUCCAAAUAGGAGUCUCUUAAAAUCCUUUUGUUUCAAUCAAAUGGAGCAGUUUUCUUGAGAUUAAUGCUAGAUCAUAAAGUGAAUACAUGCAAAGACCUUGUAAUUUAAUUUGGAAUUAUCAGUAGGUAUACUCGAUAUUGGCCUAAUAAGAAUGUUAGACUGUAUUGGUUAGAAUACAGCUAAUAUUUCACAAUUUAAAAAUACUCAGUACGUACACUUUUCAGAAAUAAUAUUUCAGCCUGGAUCCUAGAUUACUUGCCAAAUGUAUUUUCAUAAUGCAAUAAAAUGCAAAUUAGAAGAA